AUGCAGAUCUUCGUCAAGACGCCGACCGGCAAGUCCAUCACGCUUCGCAUCGCGGCCUCUGACUCGAUGAACUUCUUGAAGGCGCAGAUCGAGGACAAGGAGGGCAUCCCGCCCGACCAGCAGCGCCUGAUCUUUGCGGGCAAGCAGCUCGAGGACGGCCACACCCUGUCGGACUACAACAUCCAGGAGGAGUCGACCCUGCACCUUGUCCUCCACCUGCGCGGCGGCAUGAUGCACAUCACGAGCGGCCGCCUCGACUACGAGGACCUCGCGAAGGUCAGGUGCCGGCUCGAGCUGCGCACCAUCGACGGCGGCACGCUCGACACCAUCGACAUCACGGGCGCCACCACGUGUGCCGACGUCAAGGCGGCGGCGACGGCAGCGCUCGCCAAGGCGGCUCGCGACAAGGAGGUGGACGACAUGAGCGAGGCGGACGCCAAGCGCCUCCUCAAGCAGAUGCUGCAGCGGGGGCAGGCGGGCUCCUCCUCGGCCGCCCACGCGCCCGACGACGCCCCCAAGAAGCAGCGGCUCGGCGGCCCCCCCGCGUGA